CAAGAUUUGAGGCAAUAUUGUAAUAAACCCAAACAUCAGAUGCAAUUCGUAAUAUCCGUAAGCUACUAAAACCCUUGCAUCGGCCAAUUUCUCCUUUUUGUAAAUCCUCAAAAACCCUUUGCAAGGAAUUGAGCACGAUCGAUCGAAAAUGAACAAGAAGGAGGUGUUCAAAUUGGCCAAGGGAUUUCGAGGGCGAGCUAAGAACUGCAUAAGGAUCGCGAGGGAGAGGGUGGAGAAGGCGCUGCAGUACUCGUACAGAGACCGCCGGAACAAGAAGCGCGACAUGCGCUCGCUCUGGAUCGAGCGCAUCAACGCCGGCACUCGUCAGCACGGGGUGAACUAUGGAAAUUUCAUGCAUGGAUUGGUGAAGGAGAAUAUUCAGCUGAACAGGAAAGUUUUGUCCGAGAUAUCGAUGCACGAGCCAUAUAGUUUCAAGGCCUUAGUUGACAUCUCACGCAAUGCCUUCCCUGGAAAUAAGGCAAGCGCAUCUCCCAAAAAGGUGGGCUUAGCUACUCUCGUCUAAAUGGUGGCCAUCUGUGCUUAGUGUGUGAUAUUUUCCUCAAUGUAAUUGCAGAAGCAAAGCUGAAAUAGAUGAUACUGGAAAAUGUUUCUUAAGUAUACAUUUCUAUGCAUAAAUUUCUAUUUCAGCCAGAUGCAAUUUCAUCUUGCAGUUCUUGGUGUGCGCUUAUGCAGCUAAUCUUGAACUGUUGAUACUUUUUGUGUUUUUCUUCCUUCUUGUGUGAAAGAAAGCUCAAUAUCAGGAAGGAGGUUUCAAACGGCCAUGGAAUAUUGGUGACCCUAUUGAUGUGGUUUUAAGAGGUGCUUAGAUUUGUGAAUGAGGAACUUAUUUCUCUACGACUAACCGUGCAGUUUGGUACAAAAAUGCAGCGAACCACAAAAAAAAUAAAAAAUCAUAUCAAAUACAUAUAUGUUAGAAAACAAGGCAACUGAAUAUUAUCGGAUUUUCGGAAAAAAGCAAACUUAUAUAUUUUCG